UAGUCCGAACGCACCGAUCAUGGUACGAUUGUAUGAGAAAACAGAAGAAAAUGACAGUGACCAGUGACAGUUAUUGACAAAAAAAGUGCGCGAUCGCGAACGCGAAUGUUAUGAAUGAAUAUAUAAAAUUUGGUUUUUCUUUUCACUAGCUUUACCGGAAAAUAAACAAAUUCAUGAUGCCAAAGGAUAUCAGAUCAUACUUCACCCCAGUUUCAAAAAACAAUACACCAUCCAAGGCAGCAAAUCAAAAGAAAAAAUCUAAACGUUUAAUAGACUCUGACGAAGAAGACGUGAUUGAAUCUACACCUGAGCCAUGUAAAGUGAAAUCGUUUUCUAGUAAAAGGAAGCCGGAGGCUGUAUUGUUGAGUUCUGAUUCCGAAGAGGACAAGCCCAAAAAACCAGUUAAAGAUCCAACAAAAUUAAAACCAAUAAAUAUAGAUGAUGUUUUUAGCAGUAAACCCAUACAACAGGCUAAGAUAAAAGAACUUCCUAAAGGUGAAGCUGUUAUAGUUGAACACAAGGACAAAUCGCAUAAACAUAAAAAGAAAAAGACUAAAACAGAAAUAGGAGUACAUGAAGAUGAAGCUUUUGAGAAAACUCUCAUGGAACUGGAUGAUGACUUACUUGCAGAUAACUUGGAUAUUCUGGAUAAAACAGCAGAUGAUGCUUUAAAUAUAAAAACUACGCAUAGAGAAGGCGUAAAGACCAAAUCUAAAAAAGGUUCCAAUAACAAAGAUACCCCAGUUAAAGAUAGUAAAAGGGAAGAAAAACAUGAAGACGAAAUUAAAAAGAAAAAGAUGGAAACUGAAAGUGAAGUACACACUGAUGAAGAUUUUAAUAAAACAUUGAAAGAUCUGGAUACUGAAAGUUCAAAGAGCAAUCAAUCUUGUACAAAACCUAAAAUUGUUGUUGAUGAUGUUGAACCUAAACAAAGCAGUUCCAAGGAAAAUUCUCCAAAUAAGUCGAAUGAUGAGAAAAGAACUAAAAGACAUAGAUCUCCAUCUAAAGGGACUACUCCCAAAAAACCUAAACUGGAACAGAGUGAUCCAGAUAUUGAUCCUGAUCAAGAAGCAUUUGAAAAAAGAAGGUAUUCGGCCAUGCUAUAUCAAAAGUACAAAAACAGAGGAGGUCCUAAAAUGCAUGGACAAAAAGAACUGCCAAAGGGAAACCCAGAUUGUCUCAAAGGUAUAACGUUUUUACGAACUGGUGUACUGGAUUCUAUAGAUGGUGAGGAAUUUCAAAAUUUGGUUGUAGAACAUGGAGGAAGAGUUGUACAUGCUGUGUCAAAAAAGGUAAAUUAUCUGGUGGUUGGGGAGGAACCUGGCCCUUCAAAGUUAGACAAAGCUAGAGGUUUUAAAAUACCCGAAAUAAAUGAAGAUCAAUUUCUGGACUUAAUUUUAAUAAAAUCAGGUAUGAAAGCAAAGUACUAUCACAAAGAUUCGUCGGAUUCUGGAGUUUUUGAGGAAGAUAUUGAUAAUGACAAGAAAAAUAAAAAACAAAAAGAAGAACAUGAAAAAAACAAAGUGCCAAGAAAUGAAGAAAAACAUUCUAACAAAGGAAAACGAAGUGAGAGUUCACCAAAAGAUAUCAAAAAGAGUUCUAUGAAGAAUAAAGAAAAGCAGACAAACGGCAACUCAUCAAAACCUGAUACUAAGGAAGAAAAAAUUGUUACUUCUAAAUUUUUCGACACAAAAAAGACCAGUGCAGAAACUAAACAAUCAACAGAUUUCUUAAAGACGUCAAGCUUCUACUCUAAUAAAGAAAAAAAACCUGAAAAACAGCCAGUAACUGAGAAUAUAGAGUCACCUAUAACAGUUUCUGAUUUAUCUAUGACUUGGACUGAAAAGUAUAAACCAACUGAUAUCAAAAGCGUUAUUGGUCAACAGGGUGAUAGUAGUAAUUUGGGCAAACUGAAGAAGUGGUUAUCAAAUUGGUAUAGAAAUCAGUUACCCGAAGUUAGAAAAAAAAUACCUAGACCUUCGCCAUGGGCCAAAAAUGAUGAUGGAGCCUAUUAUAAGGCAGCUUUGUUGAGUGGUCCACCAGGUGUAGGAAAGACCACAACCGCAACAUUAGUGUCCAAAGAACUAGGUUUUGACGUCGUUGAAUUUAACGCAUCCGAUACCCGAAGCAAAAAGCUGUUACAUGAAGAAGUAGCGCAGUUAUUAAGCACAACAACAAUUGCAGGGUUUGCAGCUGGCAAAACAAAAACUGAUAAAAAGCGAGUUCUUCUUAUGGAUGAAGUUGAUGGUAUGGCAGGAAAUGAAGAUAGGGGUGGUAUCCAGGAACUAAUAAAUCUCAUAAAAACAACCAGUGUACCGAUUAUUUGUAUGUGUAAUGACAGGAACCACCAAAAGAUGAGAUCAUUAGUUAAUUAUUGUUUUGAUUUACGAUUUAGUAAGCCCAGAUUGGAGCAAAUUCGGGGUGCUAUGAUGUCUAUUUGUUUCAAAGAAGGUCUAAAGUUAUCUCCAAAUAUUUUGUCAGAAAUAAUAUCUGGAACAGGCUGUGAUAUUCGGCAAACUUUGAACCAUCUCACCAUGUGGUCGGCCCAAAAAGACAAUCUCACUCUCGAGGAAGUUCAGAACAAAGCAAAACAAUCUAAAAAAGAUACUGUUCUGGGUCCGUGGGAAGUGGUUAGAACAGUUUUUACUGAAUCUGAAAAGAAGAAUAUGAGCGUAGCUGAUAAAGCUAGAUUAUUCUUUUACGAUUACAGCAUGGGGCCACUUUUUGUGCAAGAAAAUUAUUUGGGAGUCACACCUAAUUGCCCAAAGUCUGAGGUUAUGAAACGGGUAGCACUAGCUGCAGAUUCCAUUAGCAGAGGUGACCUAAUAGAUGCAAAAAUCAGAGGAUCCAAUAAUUGGGCCCUUUUAGAAAGUCAAGCGUUUUUCGCUUCUGUUCUGCCCGGUCAUUAUAUGUCCGGACAUGUUUCCAGUAGGAUCAAUUUUCCAGGAUGGUUAGGAAAAAAUUCAGCAGCAAAUAAACGUAAAAGAAUGCUUAAUGAACUACAUGUUCAUACAAGAAUGAGUACAUCAGGAAGUCUUUUGGCUAUGAAAUUGGACUACAUCUUGCCGUUGAGAAAUGCCAUAAUAACGCCUUUGUUAAAAGAGGGAGUAAAUGGUAUCCAAGAAGCAAUAGGCGUAAUGAAUGAUUAUAAUUUGUUAAGAGAGGACUUGACCAACCUCUUAGAGCUGUGUCAGUGGAAAGAUAUGAAGAAUCCCUUCAAUGAUAUUGAAGCAAAGGUAAAAUCCGCUUUUACACGGGCCUACAAUAAAUCAGCAAAACAGUUACCAUUCGCCCCAGGAACCGGUUUUUCCAAAAAGAAAUCAUCACAAGUUGAUGAUCCAGAAGGUGAAGAUAAUUUACUUGAAUCUGAUAAUGAUGAGGCCGAUGAAGAAAAUGAUGAUGUAACGCAUGAUGCUCUCAUUAAAGUUAAAACAGGAAAUAAAAAAGAAAAUGCCAAAGCCACAACAAGUAAAUCCAGUGAAAGCUCAAAGGGUAAAGGAAAAGGCAAGGGAAAGAAGUCUAAUUAAUUGUUGUUCGAACUACUUUUUAUAUUUGAUCUGAACAAUUUUACUUUUUUGCUUUUUAUUUGAAUAUAGUGUCGCAUUUUUUUACAAUUUUAAUGUUUUCUCUAUAAUAAAUACUGUUAUAUUCUUGAUAA